UGUGGAAGUUUCCUCAAACUGUAAAAUGACACGUUAAAGCUGGUUUGUAGAGCAUCUCGUGGAGAACCGGCUCUGCGUCCUGCAGGUCGCUGCUGCGGCUCCGCGCUUCUCAUUUGCAUAGAUACGUCCAUGCUUCCGGAUUGGUUUUUAUAUUUAACCUACAAGCUACGCAUAUAAUGCAAGUUAACUUUUACUUCCUUGUGCACACGCGGAUAGAGGAACUGACCGUCCUCAGGCUGGUCUUUUGUCAACACUCCACAUCCUCUCCUGCUUCAUUUUAUAACCUCCAAACCAUGAUCUGAUAGAAAACAAGCGCCGACUGUGUGGAGCCGACAAGCCAUUUUACUGAGCGGUGAUCCAUGCCCAGACAUUUCAGCUCCAUCGCGGUCGCUGAUAACAGCCCGAGUCCUUCUCAGCUCUGGCACGAAGACCAGAGAGAUGGCUCACUCGGGGCAGCAGGGCGAGAUGACGGAGUACAGGAAGAUCCAGAUCAAGAGCUACAUGGAGAUGGGCGUAGUCAUGACGGUGUUCCGGCAGAAGGCGGAGCGGCUCACCGUGCAGGUCAUCAUGGAGACCAAGCAGGUGGCGUGGACACGCACUGCAGACAAGACCGACGGCGUCUUGGACCUGAGCGAGAUCCGGGAGAUUCGUCCAGGGAGGAAUUCCAAGGACUUUGAGCGAUUCAGAGACGGGAAGGACAAACAUGACGAGAGCACCUGCUUCACCAUCUUCUAUGGCUCCCAGUUCGUUCUCAGCACCCUCAGCCUGGGAGCUGAUUCUCCGGAGGAGGCGCAGAAAUGGCUGGUGGGACUAGAAAUGCUGAGGGAAGAGGCUCUGGCAGCUCCGACUCCGGCUGUUAUAGAGAGCUGGCUGAGGAAGCAGAUGUAUUCUGUCAAUCAGACCAAGACCAACAGCAUUUCUGUGAAGGAACUGAAGGCUUUGCUUCCUAUGCUGAACUACAAGACCACAAACUCUCGAACUCUGAAAGAAAAGUUGCUGGAAGUGGGAGUAAAGAAAGACCGCCUGGACUUUGAGCAUUUUCAUAAGUUUUAUAACCUGAUCAUGUUUGAACAGAAUGAGAUCCUUGAUGAGUUUAAAAAGGAAGCAUCUUUUAUUCUGGGUAACACAGAUAAACCAGAUGCCUCGGCUGUUCUGCUGCACGACUUUCAGCGAUUUCUCAUUUAUGAUCAACAGGAACCCUGGGCCAAUAAUCUAAAUCGGGUCAGGGAACUGAUGACCACGUUUAUUGAUGACACCAUGAGGAAAACCAACGAUCCCGAGUUUACUGUCAGUGAGUUCCUCGGGUUCCUGUUUUCCAAGGAGAAUUCUAUUUGGGACGAGAAGGUCUCAGAGAUCAGCAACUUGGACAUGAACAACCCUUUGUCCCAUUACUGGAUCAGCUCUUCACACAACACAUACCUGACAGGUGAUCAGCUUCGCAGUGAAUCGUCCACAGAGGCUUACGUCCGCUGUCUCCGGCUGGGAUGUCGCUGUGUUGAAUUGGACUGCUGGGAAGGCCCCGGGGAGCCGAUCAUCUACCAUGGCUGGACCCGGACAACCAAGAUCAAGUUUGAGGAUGUGGUCAAAGCCAUAAAUGAGCACGCGUUUGUCACCUCAGACUUUCCAGUGAUUCUGUCCAUUGAGGAGCAUUGCCCCAUCGAGCAGCAGCGUCAGAUGGCUCGCAUCUUCAAAGAAGUGUUUGGAGACAAACUUCUAUCCGAACCUGUGGAGCACAUGGCCGAACAGCUGCCUUCACCUACACAGCUUAAGGGCAAGAUCAUACUGAAGCACAAGAAGCUCAAUGUGGAGGGCGGCGGGACCAGUAAAGACUUUAGGAAGGGUGAGAAACAAGGCGAUCUGGAGAUCUGGGACCCUGUGGACCAGCGAUGGAACAAGCACUACUGCAUAAUUUCUGAUGACAAGCUGUACUAUGCAGAGGAGUAUGAGGAAGAAGAGGAAGAUCCCAGGAAGUAUACGGACCUUCACUGUGCCGAGCCGUGGUUUCAUGGUCACAUGAAGGAGGGCAGGUUGAUGGCCGAGCGACUGAUCCAUGAUUACUGUGCAGAAACUGGGGGACAGGACGGCAUCUUUUUGGUCCGGGAGAGCGAAAGAUUUGCCACAGACUUCACCCUGUCCUUCUGGCGCAGUGGGAGAGUCCAGCACUGCCGCAUCCGAUCCGGGUCGGAAGGGGGGCACACUUACUUCUUCCUGACGCCGAACCUGCACUUUCCCAGCGUGUAUUCUCUGAUCCAGCACUACAGGGAAAACCCGCUGCGCUGCCAGGACUUUGAGCUGCGCCUCACUGAUGCUGUACCCAAGCCUGACCCUCAUCUUCAAGAAGGGUGGUUCUACAGUAACCUGAGCAGAGGUCAAGCAGAGGAUUACCUGCUGAGGAUCCCCAGAGACGGAGCGUUCCUUAUCCGACAGAGAGAAGGAGAAGUAGACUCCUUCGCCAUCACGUUCAGAGGGGAUGGUAAAGUUAAACACUGCAGGAUCCAGAAAGAGGGCAACAUGUACCUGCUGGGCACAACUACAGAAUUUGAGAGCCUGGUGGAGCUGGUCAACUACUUCAGGAAGAAGCCGCUGUACCGCAAGAUCAAGCUACGUUACCCAGUCACCCCUGAGCUGGUUGACCGCUUCAGCACUGAGAAAAACUGUGCUUCUCUGUACGAGAUGAAGACAUAUGUGGAACCCAACGAGAUCGAGCCCUCAUUGCCCCAAAACACAGUGAGGGCUUUAUACAGCUACCAGGCGAAGAGGCCGGAUGAGCACAGCUUCCCCAGAGGAGCUUUGAUACACAACGUGUCCCAGGAGAGCGAUGGAUGGUGGAAAGGUGACUAUGGUGGAAGGAUGCAGCUGUUCUUUCCUGCUAACUACGUGGAGGAAGUGUCCAACAGCAGUCCACUUGACACUAAAGCACAGGAACUGGAAGAGAAUCCACUUGGUGAACUAUGUAAGGGUAUUGUGGACAUCUCCAAGUGCAACAUCCAGCACUUGAGGAGUGGUAAAAAUGCGAAGCCCCAUGUGCUGACCCUGCAGAACAUGGAGCAGGACAGCGUGCAGUUCGACCUCGCCACAGAUACUCUGGAGGAGCUGUUUGAAUGGUACCAGGUGGCCUGGGACAUUACUCAGAGAGAGAUGAGCAAGCAAUACAACAGGGAACAGGAGAUGAGACAGCAGGAGGAAGUGGAGAAGAAGGCAGAGGUUGCCAUGGAGAUGUCGGACCUGGUGGUCUACUGCCAGCCACGCAGCAAGGAGAAGGACCGCUUUGAGAGUUACACCUACAAAGAGGUCCGCUCCUUCGCAGAGAACAAGUUACCAGGAAAGAGCCGCACCAAGGACUUCCUGCAGUAUAACCGCAAAGGCCUGAGUCGCAUCUACCCCAAAAAUCAGCGAGUGGAGUCCUCGAACUAUGACCCCUACACCAUGUGGGUCCUCGGCUGCCACAUGGUGGCUCUCAACUACCAGACUGCGGAUAAAUACACCCAGCUGAACAGCGCCCUCUUCAGUCUGAAUGGGUGUACUGGCUACGUGUUGCAGCCUGAACUCAUGCGCGCUGAUGGCUACGAUCCUCAGGAGAAGAAGAAGGUCAAGUACAUCAUUAAAGUCAGAGUGAUCGCUGCCAGACACCUUCCUAAACCUGGACGCAGCAUCGCCAGUCCGUUCGUGGAGAUCGAGUUGUGUGGACACACAGAGGAGAAGUUCAAGACUAUUGUCUAUCGAGAUAAUGGUCUAAAUCCCACCUGGAAAGCCCCUGCAGAGCCCGCGGAGUUUACCGUAUAUGAGCCGGAACUCACCUUCCUGCGCUUUGUGGUCAAUGAAGAAGACAUGUUCUCAGACCCCAACUUCCUGGCUCAGGCCACGUUUCCUGUUAAAGGCCUCCGCUCAGGCUACCGCUCUGUUCCUCUGAAGAAUGGCUACAGUGAGAACCUGGAGCUGGCCUCUCUGCUGGUCUACAUCAAUGUGCAGCAAGCAGGGAGAGCAGAGGAAGAGCUGUACUCCUCCUCCAGCCAGCUGAGGAAGAAGCAGGCCGAGCAGAGCGAGUCCUUCCUGUACGACACCCACGCCAACAUUCAGCGGCCCACCCCGCCUCGCCAGCAAAACCAGCUCAUGAGAGAGUCCAGCGAGAAAAGGACAAAAGAGAAGAAGAUAAGCAACAGUAAGUUCUACCCCUGAGACCUCGGUCUGAGAGGCCCGCCUCAUGCUGGACGCUGUUUUUCAUCUUGGGCUGAAUCUUUCAUUAUUACACCAAAAUGAUAAGAAACCAGUGUUACCUAGAAAUGAUAUUUAUUUAAGGGUUGUGGCUUUUUCACAAAUGCCCUCGGCAACCAGCAUAAUGCUUGAGUCUGUAGUCAAACUCCUCCAUCUUCCAGUGAUGGUUUUUAUUCUGUUUCUGUGACCCGCUCUGAGCUCAGGUGUGAAUCUGUUUGUUUCCAUGGUUUUAUUUGAUGUUGAAGUCUGAUGAAUGAAAUGAAAUCCAACAGCAUGAAAAUGGUUCUAUAUUUAAAUGAAGGCAGACCAUGUUUCUCCUCCUCUGACAUUAUAAUGAUCUGAAAUAAAUAAAGUGUGUUUG